AUGCCGCGAAAACGACAGCGCAGCACGACGACAAAACCAGAAGCGGCAGCGUCUACUUCUUCUUCAAUUAAGCAAAAGAAGACGGCGGCGACGCCGAAACGUACUUGGUUGAGAAAAGUAGAGAAGGAAGAGGAAGAGGAGGUGUUUGUUUUGGAAGGAGAUGAGGAUGACACGAACUCGGUGGAAGAAGUCGGAGAUAGGAUGGGGACUGGUAAUGCCGAUUCUAGACCUGGCACGAAGGAGAAGCGUGGAUCUGGUAAAGCUGAGAAGAAGAUAUCGACGCCUGUGAAGGUUAAGGAGGAUGAAACGCCGGCGAGGUUUGUCGGAGCUCAGAUUCCUGGUGCUGAAGCUAGAAAGAAGUGGCCUCAUCGAUAUGCUAAUAAGGCUUCUGAUGGAGAUCCAGACUAUAUAUGCAGGAUAAGUGAGAUGUUUGAGUCUGUAGACAGGACCCUAUAUUUUACUACUCAAUGGUACUAUCGAUCCACUGACGCGAUCAUUAAAGAUAAGUACAUUUCGGAUCCAAAGUGUGUUUUCUUUUCUGAGAUUCGAAAUUACAAUCCCUUGGAGUGUCUUACAUGGAAGCUGAACAUUGUGGAUCCGGAGAAUAGACGAGCAAGGUCCUCCGGUUGUGAUUUCUAUUGUGACAUGCUUUAUUUGCUUCCAUAUUCUACCUUUCUCAAGUUACCAACAGUUUAG